AUGCCAUCGCGCGUGGCCGUGAUCGGCGCGGGAGCCGCCGGGCUGGUGGCGGCGCGCGAGCUAAGGCGCGAGGGCCACGCGCCCGUCGUCUUCGAGCGCGCCACCGGCGUGGGCGGCACCUGGCUCUACGACCCGAGCGCCUCGUCCGACCCGCUCAGCGCCGGCGGUUCCUACUCGAGUCUCUACGCCUCCCUCCGCACCAACCUGCCCCGCGAGAUCAUGGGCUUCCUCGACUUCCCCUUCGUCGCCGUCGAGGGCGCCGACAGCGACCAGCGUAGGUUCCCUGGGCAUGAGGAGGUGCUCCGGUACCUCCAGGAGUUCGCGCGGCGGUUCGACCUCCUCGGGAUGGUCCGGCUCGGGACAGAGGUGGUCCGCGUGCACAGGGACGCGAGCGCGGCGAGCUGGAGGGUGGCGUACAGCUCGAGAAAGCUCGCCGGCGUCGGUGGCGAAGAAGUAGAGGUGGGGGAGGAGGCGUUCGACGCCGUCGUCGUCUGCAGCGGCCACUUCACCGAGCCGCGCCUCGCCCACAUCGCUGGCAUAGAUAGUUGGCCCGGCAAACAGUUGCACAGCUACAAUUACCGUGUGCCCGACCCAUUUCACGGCCAAGUUGUGGUGAUAAUAGGAUAUCAUCCCAGUGGGAUAGAUAUCUCGAGGGAACUUGCUGGUGUCGCCAAAGAGGUCCAUGUUGCCAUCCGAUCGGCGCCUUGUGAAAUGCAGACUACUCCUACUACUGAUCGUUCCAACUUGUGGCUACAUUCCAUGAUUGAGCGUGCCGAGGAAGAUGGCACUAUUGUGUUUCAAGAUGGCAGUCGUAUCAAAGCGGAUGCUAUUGUGCAUUGUACUGGAUACAAGUAUAACUUCCCAUUCAUAGGUGAUGACGUUGGUACCUAUGUGGAAGACAACUGCGUGCGACCGCUCUACAAGCACGUGUUCCCUCCCCAACUAGCUCCUCACGUCUCCUUCAUUGGAUUGCCCUUCUCGUCUAUCCUUUUUCCAUUGUUUCAACUCCAAAGCACCUGGGUGGCUCGAGUUCUAUCAGGAAGAAUUGAGCUCCCAUCACAAGACAACAUGAUGCAUGAUGUGGCAGCAUUUUACGCAGACAUGGAAGCUCGCGGAUGCCCCAAGAGAUCCACUCAUGACCUCAGAUGCACGUUUGAGUACGAGGACUGGUUGGUGGAGCAAUGUGGGAUGGAGAAGAUCGAGGAGUGGAGGAAACUUAUAUACGUCAUGGCAAGAACCACGGCGCCCGAUCGGCAUGAGAGCUAUCGAGACGAGUGGGAAGACAACCAUUUAUUGGCACAGGCACACCGGGAUUUCACAAAGUAUCUCUGAUUUAAUGUCAUCCAGAAACUCUUUCUAUCUACUCACUAUUUGGCUUCCAUCGGUGAAUUACUUUG